AAACUGUGACAUCAAAGCACACUUUUUUUUCGGCAGAGGAGGCCAAAGAGUGUUUCACACUUUCGAAAGACAGUCUGUUGGUGAGUAUGACAGUUACACUGGAAAAAAAACAAAAAAAAACGUUUUUUUGUUGACUUUACUCAAUUUUAUUUUGUCAUGCGGUUGCACGGAAUGAAGUAAUAUGGAUCCAGAAACAUUUUCUACAUCCACUUCAAAUCUAUCUGCAACCAGAUGAUUUUGUGCGACUACCUGAUGAUAUAAAAUUGAGUAAAAUCAACACACAUUUUUUACUUUCAGUGUAGACAGCUAAACAGAUAGAGACAGUCAGACAUGCAUAUUGAUUUGACAUAUUCAAUAUGUAUCAGAGAGCUUGCAUGUGAUGUAUCAUAAUCCAUCAGGUUCCCACAGAGGAAAAUGCAAUUAGGGGAGGGGACUGCUGUACCCAUAAAGCCCGUCAGCAGAACAGACCUCCACAGUGGACUCAGUUAGACACUUGUACAGUUGUGUUCUUGACCUCUCAAAGGAAUGCUCGUCACUCCAUCCUGUCCUAUUUUGCUAUUUGAGCAGUUGACAGAACCCCAAUUGGCAGGACAUCGCGUGGACUCCGUUUUCACGAUGUGACCACCGGCUGCGCUUUUGACGCACGAUGGAGGACUUUUUACGCGCGGACGACACCCGACCCCACAACUCGUCGUGGGCCAGGUGUCGCGCGUGGGAGAACGAGAGUCACUCGGCCAACGCCACCGCCGCGCACCCUUUAAAACGCAACGACGAAGUGGCGAAAGCGGAAGUGGCCGUGCUGGUGCUGGUGCUGCUUCUCGCGCUCACCGGCAACCUGUGCGUGCUGCGGGCCAUCCGCGCGGCCAAAACGCGCCAAUCUCGGAUGCUUUACUUCAUGAGGCACCUGAGCAUCGCCGACCUGGUGGUGGCCGUCUUCCAGGUUCUCCCGCAGCUCAUCUGGGACAUCACGUUCCGCUUCUACGGACCGGACGCGCUGUGCAGGCUGGUGAAGUACGCGCAGGUGGUGGGCAUGUUCGCGUCCACUUACAUGCUGGUGCUGAUGUCCAUCGACAGGUGUUUGGCCGUAUGCCAGCCACUCAGACCGGUGCGCAGGGGAAGGGACCGCGUGUGCGUGUGCACGUCGUGGCUGCUCAGUCUGAUAUUCAGCACGCCUCAAGUGUACAUCUUUUCCCUGCGGGACGUCGGGGACGGAGUGUACGACUGCUGGGGGGAUUUUGUGCAGCCGUGGGGCGCCAAGGCGUACAUCACAUGGAUGAGCAUCAGCAUUUACAUCCUCCCCGUGGGCGUCCUCAGCGUGUGCUACGGUCUGAUUUGUGUCAAAAUCUGGCAGAACUUUAACCUGAAAACCAGGAGGGAGCACGUCUUGGCUCCGUCGGUCAAUGAUGCGCGUAAUCUCUGUCGGGUGAGCAGCGUCAGGCUCAUCUCCAAAGCCAAGAUACGCACCGUGAAAAUGACUUUCGUGGUGGUUUUGGCCUACAUCGUGUGCUGGACCCCCUUUUUCUUUGUCCAGAUGUGGUCUGCGUGGGAUGAUGCGGCUCCACGGGAAGACACGGCCUUCAUCAUCGCCAUGUUGCUGGCCAGUCUGAACAGCUGCUGUAACCCCUGGAUCUACAUGUUCUUCGCCGGUCACAUGUUCCAGGGUGUGGCGAGCGGCUUCUUCUGCUGUCGACGCUAUGUGGCGGCGUCCUCGUGCAGCCAACAUCACAACAACUCCUCCGCAUGCGCCAUCAAGAAGGACGGCAGCCACAAAACCCUCUCGCACACAUCUAGCACAGGGGAGCCAGCACACUGAGACUUCAUCCGACAGUCCAGUUGGCGUCUUCUUUCACGGGCACGUCAUUACUUCCGCAGCCUCAAUGGAAACAUCCUUUCCAAGCAGUUGCAGCCACGUGAUAACAAGAGAACACUCUUCACAUUUUCAUGGCUACUCGUUGCUAAGCAGGAAAGAGAUGCUGGCCCAAGAACAAUUGAUGUUGGUAUUUUUUCAUACAUCAUGAGUUUGAUUCUGAUGAAACAUAAGUACAGUACACUUUUAGCCACUGAGAUACAGUAUUGGGGUCAUCUUUGAGUUCGUAAAUUGGAUCCCAGUCAGUGUCAUCUAAACUUCCUGAAAGGUAAGAAACACACUGGGAUUAAGGAAAAGGGUUCGGGUUAACCCUAAUUCACAAUAUUCAUUUGCAUUAAUAUGUUGAUGCCCCGGCAGCUAAGCGAAAUAAAGUACAAUUUAAUUUGCAAGGUUUCUUUCAAUAUCUGAUCCUCUCACUUUCUGGGAUGCUGGCCCGGAGUUGCACUGAUGAAUCAAUAAAAGUGAUGAAUGCAAUAGUUGACUGUCCCAGAUGUCAAACCGCGAACUAGACCUUGAAGAAAUACCAUGUAUGACUUUAUUCAUUUCCUCAC